AUGCCGCUGCGGCGGGGCCGGCUCGCCCUGCCGGACGCCGGAGAGCGGGCGCGGGCGCAGGUAGAGCCGUCGGCUGCCGCGACGGCGACGGCGACGGCGACGGCGGCGGGGCCCCGCCUGAGCCGCCGCUUCAGGACGCGGACAGCUCUGCGCCGCGGGGCCGAGCCGCGGCCCGGGCUGAGGGGCGGCGGGCGGCCGGGGGAGCCGGCGGCGCGGGCGGCGGGCCGCCAGGGGGUGCCGGCGCGGGCGCCGCUCCGUGCCCUCCGCCUCAGGCGGGGCCAUGGCAGGGGCGAGCGGGCGGAGGAGCCGCUGGCGGAGCUCAGCCACUACGUGGUGGCGCGGCCCAUCUACAGCGAGGCAGGCUUCCAGGAGGAGAACGAGCGGCGACCGCCGCUGCCGCCCACGCUCCGCGAGCGGGCGCAGGCGGCCUGCAGGUGUUCAAGAAAAAGGGCCUUUCAGAUUACCAGAUCCUUUCUGCCCAUCCUGGAGUGGCUGCCCAACUACCGCGUGAAAGAGUGGCUGAUCAGCGAUGUCAUCUCGGGGGUCAGCACCGGCCUCGUCGCCACCUUGCAAGGUUUGGCAUAUGCUUUGCUGGUUGCAGUUCCUGUUGGAUAUGGUCUCUAUUCUGCCUUUUUUCCCAUCCUGACAUACUUUUUCCUGGGAACAUCAAGGCACAUCUCAGUUGGUCCAUUCCCUGUAGUCAGUUUGAUGGUGGGAUCUGUUGUAUUGAGCAUGGCCCCUGAUGAUAAUUUUCUCAUAGAUGGCAGUAAUGCUACAGGGACUAAUGGUACUGGGACACUGAUAGACACUGAAUCCAGAGAUGCACAGAGAGUGCUGAUUGCUAGUACCCUCACAUUUCUGGUUGGAAUUUUACAGGUAGUAUUUGGAGUCCUUCAGAUUGGUUUCAUUGUGAGGUACCUUGCAGAUCCACUAGUUGGGGGAUUCACAACUGCAGCUGCUUUUCAAGUGCUUGUGUCACAAUUGAAAAUAGUCCUAAAUGUUUCAACUAAAAACUAUAAUGGUGUCCUUUCCAUAAUAUAUACUCUUAUUGAAACAUUUGAAAAAAUUGGUACCACCAACAUUGCAGAUCUUAUUGCUGGACUCCUCACCAUUUUUGUCUGCAUGGUAGUUAAAGAAAUAAACGAUCGGUUCAAACACAAGAUACCUAUACCUAUACCAAUAGAAGUUAUUGUGACAAUAGUAGCCACUGGCAUUUCAUAUGCUGCCGACUUGGAAAAAAAAUACAAUGCAGGCAUUGUUAAGAGCAUUCCAAGAGGAUUUUUGCCUCCCGAACCUCCAGAUGUCAGCCUGUUUUCCCAGAUGAUAGCAGCCUCCUUUUCCAUUGCUAUUGUUGCUUAUGCUAUUGCCGUAUCUGUGGGGAAAGUAUAUGCAACCAAGUAUGACUAUGCAAUUGAUGGAAACCAGGAGUUUAUUGCCUUUGGGUUCAGCAACAUUUUUUCAGGUGCCUUUUCUUGUUUUGUUGCAACUACUGCUCUUUCACGGACCGCAGUCCAAGAAAGUACUGGUGGAAAGACUCAGGUUGCUGGUAUAAUCUCAGCUGGGAUUGUUUUGAUUUCCAUUGUUGCCCUGGGGAAAUUGCUAGAGCCCUUACAAAAGUCUGUGUUGGCAGCUGUAGUCAUAGCUAACUUGAAAGGGAUGUUCAUGCAAGUGUUUGAUGUUCCCCGUCUGUGGAGACAGAAUAAAGUGGAUGCUAUGAUCUGGGUUUUUACAUGUGUAGCAUCCAUCAUUCUGGGACUUGAUUUGGGAUUACUUGCUGGCCUUUUGUUUGGAUUGCUGACAGUUGUGCUGAGAGUUCAGUUUCCUUCAUGGGGUGGCUUUGGAAACAUUCCUGGCACAGACAUCUACAAGAAGGUCAAGGACUACAAAAAUGUUAUAGAACCAGAAGGUGUGAAGAUUCUCAAGUUUUCAAGUCCAAUUUUUUAUGCUAACAUUGAUGGACUGAAAAGCAGCCUCAAAUCCACAGUGGGAUUUGAUGCAGUCAAGGUAUAUAAUAAGAGACUCAAAGCACUGAGGAAGAUACAAAAGCUAAUCAAGAAGGGGAAAUUAAAAGCUACUAAGAAUGGCAUCAUCAGUGAGCCCGGUAUUAAUAAUGAAGCUUUUGAGACUGAUGAGGAACCUGAAGAUAAUGAAGAUCUUCAAGUUCCCACCAAAGAAGUAGAGAUCCAGGUGGACUGGAAUUCAGAACUCCCAGUCAAAGUAAACAUCCCCAAGGUGCCCAUCCACAGUCUCAUUCUUGAUUUUGGAGCAGUAACCUUCUUGGAUAUUGUAGCUGUGAGAUCAAUAAAAACGAUAAUUAGAGAGUUUGAGAGAAUUGAUGUGAGAGUAUACUUUGCUUCAUAUCAAGACAACCUUAUAUCUCAACUGGAACGGAGUGCCUUCUUUGAUGAUAUUGUCAGAAAAGACAUAUUCUUCUUGACUGUCCAUGAUGCUGUGCUCUACAUAAGGAAUCGAAUGACAUACAGUGACAGCCAGGAUCCGAUCUUUGAGAAGAUUUCACUCAUGCAGGAGUCUAAAGAACCCACAGAAUUCACAGAAACAAGCUGUCCUGAUGAUGAACUUGAUGUUCAGGAAGAGGCUAUGCGCAGACUUGCUUCAUGAAGACGGACUGCUGGUACUGUCUUACCUGUGAACUCAGCAAUAUUUAUGCACCAGUACUAUAUAAGCAUUUUCUGCAAUGAAACGAAUCUUUGCACUUGAAGAAAG